AGAGAAGAGAGACAUCUGUCUGAAUGUGGUCAUUCAGUGCGCCUUGAUAUAAAUUCAAAUACUUUCACUUGAAUAGAUGGACCAACGUUUGGCAGACCUCCUCAGGGAUGCAUUUUCAGGGACAUCAUUCCCUGACAGGGACUUGGACUUUGAGAGUCUCAAGCUUGAUGAAAGUGGUGAUAACGGAGAGGCAAAAGAGGCAGGCAGCGCUCUUUACCAAGAAGCGACCGAUGACACUGGAAAUGUGCGUGGUGAAGACACUGCACACGCAAAUGAACAACAGGCUAAAGAAGCAGGAGCUGUGAGCAUGCAUGGGACACCUGAGGACAGCCACCUGAACUUGGAUGAAGGACAGGAAGAUGAGGGGAAAGAAAUGGGGCAUUUCUUACCACUUCACAAUGACUUCUGCAGUCAUAAAAAUAAGGAGUUUGGCGAGGGACAAGCUCUGCUCCUGGAGGCCACACACACCCUCCAGGUUGAAGACAUACGGGAUGAGGAAGUGUCCGACUUUGUGAGCACCCUUAAGGGUGAUGCAACUGAAGAUGAUAUGCAAAAGAAAGAAGAGAAGACGCAAGGGGAGUCUUUUGAUGUAGAGGCAAAUGUUGGCUUCAUGGAAGACCUAAUAGCUGAGAAGGUGAAGGAUUUCUCAGGCGAGGAGCACCAAGAGGCAGGAGAAAGCUACGCGGAUUAUCCCUCAGAUUUCUCUCCAUGUGAAUAUGGAGAAAAUGAAGCCCACGCUCCAGAAAGAUGCCACCAGUGGAGCAUUUAUGACAUUACAUCAAGUGUACAGCACCUGGAAAGACCUGCAUGGCCUAAAAGAAGAGAAGACACCGACAUGGUCGAGUCAAAUAUCUCUCAACAGCCUGCAAAUGAUGUUAACAUGGUGGCUCAAUGUGAGGACAUCACAAGCCAUGACCAGGGAUCCCUGGAUGACUGCUUCUUCUACACCCCUGAAGCCUUGAGCAUUCCAGAGACGGGAUCCGUCCUGGAUGACGACCAGGAAGAUGAGGAGAGGAGCUGGGAAGAAGAGCAGAAAAGAAUUGAGGCCUUUUUCAGGUUUUACAACGACAGUGAUGGGGAGCUUGAAAGAGAGGGAAGGGAGACAAAAGUUCAAUUUUGCACAAAACCAAUGUCUGAAAUCCUCCAUUAUGACAGUGAGUCCCUCAGCAGUUCAGAUGAGGAGCAAGGCCUGAGAAUGGCAGGGGCACCUGAAGAAUGGAUGGAACGACAAGAAAACCGGCAGAUGAAAAGUGAUUAUCACCUCUCUGGUGCUUCAAAACAUCAGCCAAACGCCUGCAACACCCAGCUGUGCGACAGAAGAAACAUGCUUCCAAGAUUGCUGAGCCUAACACUGAAGAUGGGCCUGGUUACUCUAAUAGGCCUGCUGAUGUUUUGGUUGGCGGCAUACCAAAUGGACUUGCUUUCUUUAUUUUACUUCUGUUAGGAUGGAAGGGGUGAAUUUCUUUAAAUCUUAUUUCUUGACUGUGAGUGCAUAAUCAUGUUGUGACCUUUGGCUGUUAUAUCUUUUGGUUACAAAACACAGAUACAUGACUGUGAGAUGAUAGAUAGAAAUAGAUAGAUACUACUCACAUUUCCAGCAGCUCUGCAUGAUAGUGUCAUGAUAAACUUAAUCACUUAAAGAAAAGGUGUCCCCUUCCGUGCUGGUGACUUGUGUGGGGGCUGUUGUGUGUGGGAUGGGCUGGUCAAACCUGAUAAAAAAAACUGGUUUACCCUUCUCACAUCCCCCUGAAUGUGGGCACCUUUCUUCGAACUACUCAUUCCCUGCAACACCUCCAUCAUGUUGUUGUUCUGCAUCCUCUCUUCUGUUUUCCUUCUGUACUACUCCUUUGCUACCCUUAGCUGGACUCUUAGUUCCUUCUGUACCCGCUUAAGUACUUGUGUGUCACCGUCUUUGAAGGUCUUCUUCUUCAGGUUCAGAAGGUCUUUGAUGUUAUUUGUUAUCCAUGGCUUGUUGCUAGCAAAGCAGCGUACAGUCUUUACUGGCACAACGACACAACAACAUCCAUGGAGAAGUUGAUGUAGUCCGUGUUGCAGGCGACCAUUUCUUCCAUAUUGUCAUUGUGAGGGCCCUGCAGUGCAUCCCAGUCCAUGGUCUCAAAGCAGUCUAUGAGAGCCUGUUCAGCCUCAGGGGACCACUUCACACUUCACUUUUGGUGUAUUGUGAGGUUUGAGCAGGACCAGGUUGUGGUUUGCCUUCCCCAGUGCAGGCAUUAGGUCUAUAGUCCUGUUGCCCCUGGUGUUACAGUCCACAUACUGGUAGAAGGUGGCCAGUGUUUUGUCAAUUGUCACAUGAUUGAAGUCCCCAGAGAUCAAAACAAGAGCCUCAGUGUGCUGUGUUUUGAGUUUAUCUGUUGCGCAGUGGAUGACGUCACACGCAGCCUCCGCGUCAGCGCGCCAAUGUACGUAAACUAUGAUACCAAUGGCGUGACUGAACUCCCAAGGCAUGUGGUAGGGAUGUAGGCUGACAGCCAGGAGUUCAAUGUACCUGCUGCAGGUGCACAUUUUAAUGUCCUUGAACCUUUUGUCGCUGAUAGGAUUGGGAUGGGUCUUGAUGACCCUUAACAGAGACACUGAACAGGUUACCAUGGUGUGGUGGGUUUAUAAGUUUUGAUAAUGAUGACAGAGAGCAAGCAGAUACUUUGCAUGUAAAGUGAUGGCAGAUGGCGUGCAAUAGUGUCAGGAAACAUGGUAAUGCAAAAGAAGAAUAUACACGAAACGCGAGUGUAAAUGUGUGACAAAACUAAUAGACGGUCAACAAAAAUCACAACUUCCCAGAGUUUCCUAUGUUCUCCUUUCUCCCCGUGCCCGCCAUUUAUUGCUUCCGCUUACAUAAGCAUACAAGGUAUGUUUUGACCUGGACACGCCGCUCUUGGGUGAUGACGUCACUAAGCGGCACUGCUGCUGGACCGGGAAACUAUCGUCAAGAGGCGUCCAAAACGUUCUUACUUUGUAUAUUGUCCCAAUAAAUGUAACUUAAAAGUAGUU